AUGCGAGAAGUUCAUGUGGGUUCAGAUUUUUCUGGAUUAGACACAGCAGUUUGGGCAUUGCGCUAUUUGGGAAUUCCGUUUACCCAUCGCUUCGCUUGCGAUUCUGAUUCGGCCAGCCAGAAGGUUCUCGCCCAUCUUUCCCCCCAAAAAAUCUUCACAGACAUCAGAUCUCGCUCGCUGGCUGAAGCUGAGACGGUGGAUCUAUAUACUUUUGGUCCGCCGUGCCAAUCCUACAGCAAGAGCGGCAAGCGCGCUAGAGAUCAUUGUGAGUUGGGGCAGCUGGCUCUCUACUCUGUGGCAUAUGUUGUGCGCCACAAGCCCAAGAUGCUUAUCAUGGAACAGGUGCCUGAUAUUACGGAUUCGGAGGAUUUCAUGCAGCUGAUCUUGGCAGAAUUGCAAGGGGCUGGUGGCUUGAAUCCAUUUUCUUCUCCGGUGGUCAUUGCAAGCGGGGCAAGCAAGAGCCGGUGCAACAAGAUGGUGGGGAUGAUCAUGACCAUCACAAAAACAGAGGCUGCGCGGGGAGGAUACUGGUGCACCACUAAAGGCGGCUUCCUAGAUCUAGAUGAGAUGGCCCGUCUUCAAGGGUUUUGGACAGGGUUCUUGCCAUGGACUGAGUUGCACUUGAGUGAGGCGCAAUUCGGUGGGUUGAUUGGCAACGCAAUGUCGCUGAACAUCCUGAUGCACUUGUUACCGCCCCUUCUCUUAUCAUCCGGGUACAUCACCCAGUCUGAGUUCCAAGCCUUGAAGGUCAUUAAUCAGCUUUCGUCCGAGGCUGUGCGAAAGCAUAUGGAUUCUUUAGGCUCAGAGAGCUGGCUAGCAUCCCAGCAAGAUGAUGUUGGUGUCUUCACAGUGGGCUGUGCAGUUUGCUCACAUGCCUUGCCCAAUUGUGAUUUGGACAUAUGGGGGCGCUUUGAAGUCAAGACGCUUGAAGGCUUUAAGCCAUACAGGAUGCAGGCCCAUGCUCAAAGUUCAGCACAUGUUGCAGCAGUGCUGCGCUUGCUUGAAGGUUCUCUUCAAGUCUCUCAGAAACAGCCUUUACGGUUGGAGGGCGCGCCUGACGCAGAAGCUUUUCGAACGCUGCUGGCCUACAUACGGAAGGGUGGCGCCUUACGAAAUGGAGUGGAAGGCGUCGGCCAUUUUCAAAAAUCAAGGCGCAUGUGCUUUGCCCUGGCUGAGGCCCUCAGGAGGCUUUAUCGCAGCUGGCUUGCAGAAGCGGAGACCAUCAACCUGUUGAGGGACGAGCGUCACUCACGGCUGCUGGUGCGAUUCCAGUGUGCUACAUUGGGCGCAAAGCGGUUCAUUGGGGUAGUUGGGCAGGGAAAGGUGCAUCCAGGCACUGCUACAAGGAUCACAGAAGUCACUGUCGAUCUCCUUCGUAACCUUUGCACCAAAAACCACGGGGCGCCAAAUGCAGACCCUUCAGUUGCAGAGCUUGAUUCCGAGUUGCUUCAACACAUACGCCAUCACAUCCACUCCUUGACUGUGGAUGCAGCUGAGAAUGAAGUGGCCAGUGGGUUUAACAUGCAAUCAGGGAAAUCAUCAACAGCUACCAUUUUUGGCGAGGCUGUAGCCCCUUCCCUGCGCACAAUCGUGAGAGACAAGGCUCACGGAAGCAGGCGGAUUCUGGAAAGGCCUUGGGCUGCUGAUGUCUAUCUCUCCACUAUCGCCGGCGUGCUUGUGAGCGAGAGUGGCUCUCUGGCGCAAAGGAUUCAGACCUCGGAUCCUCUCCGGGUUAUCUACGAGCAGUGCUGCAAAGCUUCCACGUCAAAAGCGGUCAGCACCAAUUUUAGCCAUUUGAGAACUCUAGACGAAGAAAUGCUGUUGCAGGCAGCGCUCCUUGCAGAUGCCUGCGAUGAGUGCUUGAUUUUGAUCAGAUUUUUCGAUCAGAGCACAGUGGACAACGCUCAAAUCGCAUCUGCCAUCUCUGACUUUUUGAGUCGGCUUGCAUUUCUCUUCAAGGAGCAACAUAUCUGGACAACGUCAGGGUACACGCUGGCGACUUUGUCCUUUCUGGAAUCCCCGACGCACUUUGUCGUGGACGGUGUGGUGAGAUGCAUCGGUGGACCCAAUGGAGUGUCAAAAGAGAUUCGCAGCCAGUGCUUGUCAAGGAUGCUUGCAUGGGCGAAUCUGGCAGAGGAAGUCGUCAGGGCAGAGCACCCAAGCUUUGAGUUGGUCCAAUGCUUUUCGAUCUUCGACAUGCCAAAUUUCCCCAAGCAGACAGCUUCUGAGAUCCAAAAGCAGGGUUGCAGCCAGCGAUUUGAUGAACAGCUGACCAGGCUAGCUUGGAGCUUGUUAGACAUGGAGGACAUGAGUCAAUUGAAAGAUGAGUAUUUCGAUCUGGGUCAAAUCGCCUAUGCUCAUUGGCUUGCCAGUGGCAAGACAGCCUCGAACCUUGAAUGCUGGCAAGUAGCCUUGGGAAAAACAUCAAGCACCGCGGCCAGAAUGCGCCACCCUGCCGAGCACCUACAAAUCGCAUUGGCGCACUAUGCCACGAUUUCAGCCACUGACAGUGUGAUCGAACGCAAUUUUUCGAAGGUGAAGGAUGUCCUUCGAGAGAACCGCCUCCAAUGUGAAGCCCUGGUGGAGAACGAGCUUGUCAUGCUUGCGGUUUCAGAUCCUUCACAUGACCAAGAAGUCAUCUCAAUUUCCAGGACCGUCUGGUCAGAGCUCUAUGCAGACUCCCGGAAAAGGUGCAAACCCAGAUUUGACAAGGGGGUCACACGUCAGAAGCUGGCCAGGCAGCUUGGAGGAGAUGAUGAUGCCGGAGCCAUGACCCCUGAAAAGGUCACCGAAACGGAAUUCAAGAAACGCAGAAGACAUGCAGUGUCGGCUGCACUGCUGCAGGGUGAGACUGCUGACGCUUCAAUGAAGGUUGCAGCUUGCCCAUCAAAUGCUUGGACAGAUGCUCAUGACAAGGAGAUGCAAUUCAACGCCAAGAAGCAACUCAAGCGGGUUUUCGAGUGUCUUCGGAGUGGCACCAUCCAGAUUCAUGAGCUUCCUGCUGAGCUUGCGCCAGAGGCCAUUCAGUUCUUUGAGAACCAGACCUCGUUGAUGGAAAAAAGGGAAAAAGCAGAGCAGCGAGUGGCGCAAAGAGUUUGCCAACGAGCACCGCGCCCUGAAGAGCUGGAAGGAUUGAAAGUGUUUGUGGACGAUGCGCUUCGUACCCGCGAGCUUGACAGGGCAAUGGAUGCAAAGAAUUGGGACACGGUCAUGGACAUUGCUUCUGCUCAGGUGUUCAUGCUUUCUGAUUUGAGCAAGAUGCCUUUGGUCCAUUCUAUUGCAGCGGGGCUCACUGGGGCAUGGUUAACGACUCCUGGCUUCGUGAUCGCUGGUAAGGGGCCUUGCCUAAAGCUCAAGCGAGGUCUGAGAACAGACAGAAAGGUUCACUGCGCCCUAAAGUUCAGAGCGGAAUACCCUGAAGUAUUCCAGCUUUUGCAGAGGUUGCAGUGCCGGACCUUUAAGCUGCUGGAGACCUUGGAGGAAUUUGCGGUGGCAAAGCAGUUGGCGUGUGACAGGAAAGCUCCUGCUGGCACCAUCGCUUUAGUGCAUGCAUCCGAAAGGGUGGUGUUCCAAGACAUCGCCCAUGCCUUUGAGGCAGAGACGUUCCGUGACUUCAUCUACACGAUGGACACAGAGAAAUCAUCGUGCCAGGGAUGA